UUCCCUUUCACAUGAUGGGAUAUUUACAACUACCAAUCACUUGACUUGAAAGUUAAAAGUCAGAAAUUUUUUGUACAAGACCGACGUAACUUGAGGCGCACACAACCACAUACUUUUUCCAAGAAAGCGUGUGAAGCAGCCUGAAUUUUCCAACAGAAAGUUUGUUUUUCCUCCCAAUUUUCUUCUCCACAAAGUGAAAAACAGAACAAACUGCAAAAAUGGCUUUAAGCGACGCUGAUGUUCAAAAACAGAUCAAACACAUGAUGGCUUUCAUCGAACAAGAGGCCAAUGAAAAGGCUGAAGAAAUCGAUGCCAAAGCCGAAGAAGAAUUCAACAUUGAGAAGGGUCGUUUGGUACAACAACAACGUCUCAAGAUCAUGGAAUACUAUGAAAAGAAGGAAAAACAAGUUGAAUUGCAAAAGAAAAUUCAAUCUUCAAACAUGCUCAAUCAAGCUCGUUUGAAGGUCCUUAAAGUACGUGAAGAUCAUGUUGCCAGCGUCUUGGAAGAUGCCCGCCGCCGCUUGGGUGAAGUCACCAAAAAUCCAGCCGAAUACAAAGUUGUUUUGGAAAAGUUGAUUUUGCAAGCCUUGUUCCAAACCAUGGAGCCCACGGUCAUUUUGCGCUGCCGCCAAGUUGAUGUUGGUCUUGUCAAUGAAGUUCUGCCAGCCGCCGUUGAGGAAUACAAAAAGCAAAUGAUGAACCAAGGCGUUAGUGUUGAUGUUGAUACGGACAACUAUUUGCCUGCCGAUACAUGUGGUGGCAUUGAAUUGAUUGCCCUGAAUGGUCGCAUCAAGGUACCCAACACAUUGGAAUCCCGCUUGGAAUUGAUUUCACAACAAUUGGUACCCGAAAUACGUAACGCCCUGUUCGGACGUAACGUCAACCGUAAAUUUGCCGAUUAAGUAUCUUUCAAUAAUUUUUAUUUUCCUCCAACCACCACCUCCCUCCUCCCCCCUCUUGUGUGCAUAAAUUUAUUUAGCUUACAAUAAUAAUAUUAAUAAAAUAUAAAAUGGUCAAAAAAGUAAUUAUUAUAACAAAAACAACAACAACAGCAGCAAUAACCAACCAAGUAAAUGCAAAGCAAGAAAAAAUGCCGUUCAAUAAUAAUAACCCCACUGUUUUGUCUGUUCCCCCCGCUUAAUGCAAAUAAGUUAUUGUUUUGUUUAAUAAUUAAGCCAAAUGAGAAGAGGCAUGUGAAUGCAUCAGAGGCCAUAACUAAAAUUUGUUAGCAAUAGCAAAUUAAUUUCCAUAUAUGGUUUUAAGCCAACCAAAAAAACAUAACUCAUGAAAACGAUAUUAUUAAACACAAUAACACAAACGGGAUAUAUAACAACUUAACUAACUAACCAAUCAACCAAAAAAAAAAACUUAAAAAAAGGAAAUAAGAAAACAAAUACUAUUGAAAGGCAUUAUUAAUAAAGGUUUUAAGGUAACAACAUAGCAGAAAUACAUUAUACUAUAUAUAUAUUGAAAAAAAGAAGAAAACCUAAAAAGAAUCGUUUUUGUUGUUUAAAAAAAAUUAUAUAAAUAUUACAAAUAAUAAUAACAAUAACACAAACAAACAAAAAACAAAAAUAGUUUAAAGUAAAAAAGCAAAAAAUCAGUUAUACAUAUAUUUAAACAUAUUUACGUAUACUAUUAUUAUGAUCUAUUACUACUUACAAACGAAAAAUACCUUACAAUUGAUAUACAAUUGAAAAAAAAGACAAAAUUAAUCAUUUACAAAAAAGACAUACAUUCCUGUACAAAAAAAAAAUGGUUAAUUUCUAAAACUAAAAAUCGUAAAUUGUAAUAUUGUAUCCACUCCUUACCAUCUCCUUUUCCUUUACUUUAAUUAUGUCGUUGACUAUUUUUAAGUUUCUUUUGUUUUUUUUUUUCUUAUUUUUCUUUUAUUUUGUUUGUGGAAAGCUGUGAUUUUUUUGUACCACCACCUCUAAAACAUCAAAAUUAUUAUUCAAAAGGCGUUACUUAAAAAUAACUAAAACUGCCAGUAAAUGAUAUAAAAACCCCCCAAACAAAUUCCAGGGGAAAACAAACGUUUGCCUCUCCCAUGGUCCCCACACAACAUCAGCCAUCUCUUAAUUUCUUUAUAGAACUUAGAUUUCUUGUAUUCCAAACUUUUCAAUAACAGCAUCCUUUAUGUUUAGUUUAAAGAAAUUUUGAUUAUCUUAAAAAAAUACAUUUUCAAUAAUUUCUCUAGACUUAAUGUAGAGUAUUGGAAAGAGCAAAUACGAUAAAUCUAAGGAAAUGUAACAUUCUCUCUUUGAAAACAAAAAAAAAAAAACAAAUAUCGCUCUUAGAGUAGUGUGUGUGUGCAUGUUGCGGUGCUUGUCAUUCUCUCUCUUACAUUCUUCAAAUAACUCCAUUUCUCUUUGUCGUUAUCUUAGUUGUUGUAACGGUGUGUAGUUGUCCAUGUUGUUAUUAUUAUUCUCACUAAAUCGUCUUUAAGCGGGUUUUUGUUCACUCCCUUCUUCUUCUUUCUUUGGAAAACAAAUUACUUAAUUAUCUAAAUGUUUUAAUUAAAAAAUAUAAAAUAUCAUAAUAUAUAGAAAAAAAUAAAUAAAAAACGUGGGAAAUUAUUAUUACUCUUUUAUAAAUCAAUAAAAAAAAAGGACCAAGGCUCACUGCUGUUUUCCCCUGUUUUGUACAAAAAACAGAAAAACGCUUUUGAACACAGCUUCAUUAUUUGACAAAUUACCAUUCUACAAUUUUCUGCUUAACCUUAUUAUUCUUUUAUUUUAUUUUAAGAAAAAAAAAAAUGUAACCAUUCCCCCCUCCUUUCUUUGUAUUUGUUUUUCUUUUUAUUUUCUAAAAGUAUUAUUAUUUCGAAUUGUUAAUAUAUAAUUUUUUUGCUUUCAAAAUCUGCUGUUUGCUGCUUUGUUUUUGAUUUGUAUUAGUCCCACCAAUCCGACCCUCCUCACCAAAAAAAUAUAUAUUGUUGUUUUUUUGAAUUUCAUCAUUAAUAAUAAUAAUAAUGUGAAUGUGUGUUAUGUUAUACAUAUACUUUUUUUGUUUUACUUCCCCCCUUUUUUCCUCUCUUGUUUAAGUAUUAAAAGUAAAACUUUACCUAAAUACAAAGAAACAAAAACAAAAAAUAAAUGAUUGUUUGUGCUUUUGGCGUUAUAUAUAUAUGAACCAGAACAAUUAUGAAUACAAAUAAUAAAUACAAAAAAUCUACUAAAAAAACCAAACUUUAAUCCUGGCUUUGAUUUUUCAAUUAGCUGCUGCAUUUUUAUUAUUGGCUAGGGGGGGCAAAAUUCUAUCAUUCGAUAUCGAAAUAAAAAAUGUUUUUCGAUAUCAAAUGUACGAUUUUGCAACAUCCCCCUGGCUUUCAUUUCAAUUAGCUGCUGUAUUUUUACUCCUGUCCGGGGGGCAAAAUUCUCUCAUUGGACAUCAAAAUAAAUUUGAAUAUGCCUAUUUUAGCCAUGAUUUAAUUGAAAUUUUCGCAUUUGUUUUUAACAUUAUUUCUAUUUUUAUUAAUCUAAAAUGGGCACACAGAAAUCAAUUUUAAUCGAAAAUUUGUCUCGAUAUCAUCAAAUGCAUGAUUUUGCCCCCCCUAUAUCAAAAGUAUUUUCAAAUACUUUGAUUUACCUUUAAUAAUAUUCUUAUAUUAAUUUUAAAGUCUUACUUUUUCUAUUUUAUCCUGGCGCAGGCAUUAUUGAUAUUCAGGUUCCUUUCAUCACCUAGCUAGCUGUAGGAGAAGUGAAGAAAUCAAUGUUAUGUGGACUUUAAAUGUGUGUUUCAUCGUCCUUCCUGCUAAGCCUUUAUCUACCUCCAUUAGUGUUUUUGUUGGUGUCUUGGCUGUAAAGUAUUCAUGUGUCUUUUAUUUGUUUUAAAAAUGAAUAGAAGGUGUGGCAAUAAAUUUAUAUUUUUGAAAAUUUA